UAAUCUCCGAUCCAUCGAGCUGAGGAUCACGUUAACAAAUAUAAUUAAACCCAAACUUUACUCCGAUCCGCCAUGGCUACCACUUCAGACCUCAUUCUCAAAGCUCUCCUACUCCUUUCCGUAGCUUCCACGGCCGCCAUGGCUCGACCUUUGAGCGCGAAAUCCAGUCUCCUCACCAGGCUAAAGCUAGAGGGCGAGGGAGACGAGGUUUCGGAGUGCUGGGACUCGCUGUUCCAGCUGCAAUCAUGCACGGGAGAGGUGAUUCUGUUCUUCAUGAACGGGGAGGCUUAUCUUGGCCCCAGCUGUUGCCGCGCGAUAAGGAUCGUCGGGCACAAGUGUUGGCCCGCCGUGUUUGGCUCCCUCGGCUUUACGGCCGAAGAGAGCGACGUUCUGCGUGGAUAUUGCGACGCCGAAGACGACGGCGCCGGCGAUGCUGAUGCUAGGCCUCCACACCCUGCCAAUCUUACCCCUACUCGUACUGGAUUCAGUGUUCAAGAAUCGUCUCCAUAG